AUGAGUGGUCUGGUGCAGGGGAUGUCUGUAGCUGCCUCAGUCUUCACCCUGGUGGCCAUCGCAGUCGACAGGUUGGUAUGCUGGAGCUCUACAGUGAGGCUGGGGCGUGUGGUGUGAAGGACAGGUGGUGGUGGUGAAUGGUGAAUUGUAGAUUUGAUCAUUAAAUUACCACUUGUUUUGUUUGAGGUUUGCCAAUGCCUCUUCCUCUAACUCUUUUCCAGUUUAUUUGCUUCAUUAUUUAAACUUGUUUAAACUUGUUGAUUGGAUGGAUGGAUAGAUAGAAGAGACAGGAAGGAUAGAGAAAGAUUUGCAGAGCUGUUGAUAAAAACAGUAAGCAUUCUUCCUUUUCCUCUCUCCACAGGUUCCGCUGCAUUGUGUACCCUUUUCAGCCCAAACUCACCCUAAUAGUUGCCAAGGCGACCAUAGCAAUGAUCUGGGUCCUGGCUGUGGUAAUCAUGUGUCCCUCAGCAGCUGCCCUGACCGUGGAGGAGGUGGCCGAUCACUACAUGGUGUAUAACCAGGACUACAACAUGACUUACCCCCUGUACUCCUGCUACGAGAACUUUGCCGACCCGAAGAUGCGGAAGGUCUACACCACAGUGCUGUUCACCCACAUCUACUUGGUGCCCCUGGCUCUCAUCACUGUCAUGUACGGACGCAUCGGGGUGAAGCUCUACACAUCCGUGGUGUCAAGAAGAGAGCCUCAGGAUGCAACACAUCCUCCUCCUCCAGCCAGGCUUGAGGGGGGCAGGCAGCUGAUCUCCCAGAAGAAAAUCAAGGUGAUCAAGAUGCUGAUUGUGGUGGCCCUGCUGUUCAUGCUGUCCUGGCUGCCCCUGUGGACCCUGAUGCUGCUAACGGACUACGCAGGGCUGGACGAGGAGCAGCUGGAGCUCCUGACCGGAUACAUCUUCCCUUUCGCCCACUGGCUGGCCUUCUCCAACUCCUCUGUCAACCCCAUCAUCUAUGGAUACUUCAAUGAGAACUUCAAGAGGGGCUUCCAGGCAGUCUACCAGACCAACUCCUGCUGCCGCCCAGGGAAUAGGAUUGAGGUAGCAGGGAGGGGAAACCGGGAAGGCAGAGCAGGGGGUGGGGGUAAUGGUGGAGAGGGGGGAGGCGGCCAGAGGGAGCCAACAAGUAACCCCAAUCCUCUCCCGUUUGGGGCUAGAAACAAAGUGUAUACCGACGAUAAUGUGACGCACUCUGUGCGCCUUGAGCUGGAGUUGAAGAAGAAUUCUAAGGUGGGAAGCAACACGGUCCAUGUUGAGGUCGGGGGGACUGGGGCGGGUGGAGGAAUAGGGAACGGCAAUGGAAUGAACAAAAAGGGUCUACAUGUUGAAGAGCAGACCAGCCCAAUGGGAGCGUGUCAGGCCUGGGAUCAUUAG